GGAAAACACAACAUUCCAUAGCAACUCAUUCUCCCUAUACAGCCACUUGCACAGUGCUGGAUAUUUACUUCUGUUUCUACAUCAUCUUCUUUUAAUGUUGUCACCAUGGGGCUGGAGAGGCGACAGGACUGGCAUCUGACUAGUACUGGCAUUGGGCAUGAUUUUAAGGCUCAGGUUUCCUUCCCCCCUCCACAAAUUAAGUCCACCAUCUUUGAGCCACUGCCAGCCCCACUACAACAAAGCAGUGAAGUGACAGCAUUUGAUGAAUUGCUAAACACAUAUGAGACGACCACUGGAAGCGCACAUAACAGGAAGUAUCCUGCGGGCCCGUUUUCACAACCCAGUCACCCUCUCCCUCCUCCACAUUGGAAGGUCAAUUACAACAAGGAUUUAUGGGAAAAGUUGAAGUUGAGAGCAUGGAGGACUCCAGGAAAGUCUUGCAGUGAGAUGAAAGCACAGUUUAAGGGGCGUCCAGUUCAGCCAACCUACAGCACGUUCCAUUCAGGACCACAGCCCUUCCCACUGGAGAAUCAUCUGAACAAAGGACCAUCACAGUCAAUUGUGGCAACUACAGAAAAUAAGGAUUUGUCUGGAGAACCAUACUACAUCAGAGAUGGCGGAGUCUUGAGUUUGAAUGACAUAUAUGCUUCCACUACCAUGCGGGAUUUUCGAUCGUUUACAGCGAAAGAGCUACAGGGUUAUCCCAAGAAAGAUAUCCUGACAUACUGGCAGGCAGAGGACUACCCUAAGGUCUGGGGGCAUGGAUUGAAAGAGAACCCCCUAGCCAAGGAGGCUCAACCAACUCUUCGUCGUCCACCUCCCAUGCGUGACAGCAUGCAGUUCCCCACUGCUACAAAACUGCCACGGAUUCCACCUCCUGCAAGAUCUGUCCCUCACAGCGGACUUAAAACCCUGGUCCAGGAGAGCUAUCAGUGGCCUCUUGAUGCCAAGAGGUCCAGCGAUGUUUAUUUCCCACUAGAAUGCCCCUGGACCAUGCCACAUGCAGGGCCUCUACCAGAGAUCAUGUCUGUGCCCAAGGUGUAUGAAACAGAAUAUGAAACAUAUGGAAGUAAGCGACCUGUUGCUGUGUGACUUCAGCUGCUAGCAGAGAAUCAUUUAUAAUACAUUCAAGCAAUAAAGAUUAUUUGUUAAAGGAG